AUGGGCGAACUAGACAUGGAGGCGCGGCCAGGGGCGCCCACGGCGGCCGCGGGCGACCCGAUCCAGGUCAUCUCAGAGUGGGGCGAUGCUGUGCCGUUCAAGUCGUUGAGCGAAGCCGAGAAGGAGGAGGUCCUGGCGAUGUAUGCGGAUCCGGCGAAGAACCACACAGGGCUGGUCCUCGUGCGCGAGUCGCUCAUGCUCAACAACGGCACGGCGUCGCACAAGUACGUCUGGGGCGAGCAGGAGCAGCUCACUCCCGGCCAGACAGUCUUCGUCUUUUAUACCACCAUCAUCUUCAUCGUCCUAGCGCAGCUGGCGCUCGUCCAGUGGCGGAAACGACACAAGCGCUCGUACGACGUCGUGAGCCUGAUCGGGCUGUGGUUCGUGCCGUUCGGCAUCGCGAUCCGGCUCGGCUUCGUCCGCUUCAUCCUCGUCUGGCUGGCGUACUCGGCCGCGACGGGCUUCGUGUUGUACCUCUCGACGCGCAAACCGCUGGCGCAAAACACCCCCCGCCUGGCGUACACGUGGUUCAUCGGCACGUACAACGCCUCGGUGCUGGUCGGCUCCUUCGGCAUCGCGCUCAUGUUCGGCGCCUUCAUCGGAUUCGGCCCCCUCGAGUUCCUAGUUGUGUCUCCCAAUACAAUUAUACUUCUCGAAUGGUACGGGUGCUAUUUCGGGGUGGUGACGCGGGACUGCGCGGAGCUCGCGGGCGAGAUCAUGGCGUCCACGAUGGGCUCCGGCGGCCGCCGCCUCGCCACGUCGGUCAACCGGUGCGGCGUGUGCAGCCGCGUCCUGGCGGGCGGCGCGCUGCGGCCCGGAGACGAGCUGGAGGAGCGGUCGGACCCGACGGUGACGCUGCCGUGCCGGCACCGGUUCCACGAGAUGUGCGUCAAGGGCUGGCUGCUGGUGGGGAAGAAGGACACGUGUCCGACGUGUUUGGAAAAAGUCGACUUGCGCGGGCUGCGAAGCCUCAAUAGCAAGCCGUGGGACCGGGGCAGCGUGUACUGGUCGCAGCUGCUGGACAUGGUGCGGUACCUCGUCGUGUUCAACCCGGUGAUCUUCUGGGUCAUCAAUGUGUUCUUCUACGAGAUAGGAAUCUUCAAACACCUGUGA